GUGUGCGUGCGCGCGCUCUGUAGCGGAGGGAAGAUGGCGGAUGUUUAUAGUGAGAAUCUGGAUGAGAGCAGCUGAUGCAAAACACAAACAUCAAUUCGCAGAAAUUAAAGAGAAUAAACUCACCGAGCAGAGACAGACAGACAGAUCCACUGUCAGACAGACAGCAUCAUGUCUCGCUGCUCAGAUGGUGAAGACAGCGGUUUUGUUGGCAUGGACACCGAGGACAGUGUUGAGACGGUGGACAGUCGGACGAGAGCGGCGGCGAGUGCUCACAGUAUGGGUGAACUGCCGGAGGAAGUGCUGGAGUACAUCCUGUCCUUCCUGUCUCCAUAUCAAGAGCACAAGACCGCCGCCCUGGUGUGCAAACAGUGGUAUCGCCUCAUUAAAGGUGUGGCGCAUCAGUGUUAUCACGGUUUCCUGCGAGCCGUUCAGGAGGGAAACAUCCAAUGGGAGAGCAGAACUUACCCGUAUCCUGGAACACCGAUUACACAACGAUUCUCACACAGUGCGUGUUACUAUGACUGCAAUCAGUCCAUGUAUGUGUUCGGCGGCUGCACUCAGAGCAGCUGUAACGCCGCGUUUAAUGACCUGUGGAGACUCGACCUCAACAGUAAAGAGUGGAUCCGCCCGCUCGCGUCAGGUUCGUACCCGUCUCCUAAAGCGGGAGCGACUCUGGUGUUGUAUAAAGAUCUGUUAGUGCUGUUUGGCGGCUGGACGCGUCCCAGUCCAUAUCCUCUCCAUCAGCCCGAGAGAUUCUUCGAUGAAAUACACACGUACUCGCCGUCAAAGAACUGGUGGAACUGUAUCGUGACGACUUACGGGCCGCCGCCCAUGGCAGGCCACUCCUCCUCUGUGAUUGGCAGCAGUAUGGUGGUGUUUGGAGGAUCUCUGGGCACGCGGCAGAUGAGCAAUGAGGUUUGGGUUCUGGAUCUGGAGCAGUGGACCUGGUCUAAACCCAACAUCAGCGGCCCGUCUCCACACCCGCGAGGAGGGCAGUCUCAGAUCGUGAUUGACAGAGACACUCUGCUCAUUCUGGGCGGCUGCGGAGGUCCAAACGCCUUACUGAAGGACGCGUGGAUGCUGGACAUGAGUGCUUCCAGCUGGACGUGGCAGCAACUGCGAGUGGAGAACGAAGAUCAUGGAGCGCCAGAACUGUGGUGCCAUCCAGCCUGCAAGGUGGGCGAGUGUGUGGUGGUGUUCUCUCAGGCUCCAUCAGGUCGCGCUCCUCUCAGCCCGAGUCUUAACUCUCGCCCAUCACCCAUCAGCUCAACGCCCGCCCCGCUCGGCCCUGACCCGCCCUCCCUGCGCUCACAGUCCCCUGUGCGCAGCAGUGCAACAGGUGUGGUGCUGGGCAUGGUCGAAGAGGCGCCAUGUGUGAAUGGCCGAUGGGGGACGCUGCGCCCGAGAGCGUCGGCCAGAGCGAGAGAUGGAAGUCCGUCAUCAUCGCAGCAACAGUCGCCCUCGCGUGGACCAGACAGCCCGCCGCUGCUCAAUGGCUCCUCCCCCUCGCCGUCCUCCAGCCCCAUCCAGGCAGCAUCUCCGCCCACCCGACCACAUGCUCACGUGCCCGCGGACUACAACUGGGACGAGCCGGCAAGCUCUAACGGGCUGCACACGCCUCCGCAGGCUGUGUCUCCGUGCACCCCGCCAGGUGCGAUAUCUCCUGCGGCGCUGCGCAGAGGCCUCGAGGCCAUUAAACCUUCUUCGUCACUCCCAACCUCGUCCUCGCCAACCCAGCCAAGCACCUCCGUGUCCGGCGGCACGCCCUCCACCUCCUUGAGCCCGGCGCAGGCCGCUGUGGCUGACGGACACUCCAUCCCGCCGAUCGCGCGGCGACUCGCCCAUCACCCACCACAGAGUCUGAACGUGGGCAAGCCGCUGUACCAGUCACUCAACUGCAAGCCCAUGCAGAUGUACCAGCUGGACAUUUCACGAGCUAAGUCAGACGCCGUGGUGUCGUGGCGUGUGUGCGGGAGCGGCGGUGUGCCAAGCGCCGUCCCGGGACCACCAGAGACGAGCCUUCACACGGUCGUACAGGGGCGCGGAGAGCUCAUUAUCUUUGGUGGGCUCAUGGACAAAAAGCAGAAUGUUAAAUACUAUCCCAAAACCAACGCCUUGUACUUCGUCCGUGCUAAAAGGUAAUUGACGAGCACGAGGUGCGUUUAGCACUCUGAAGAUUCCCACAGACUGACGUGUUUAACUGGACGACUUUUGACCUUACACUAAUUUACCUUAAAAUACAGCUCAACAUAUAAAGGACACUCGAACAUAGUCGUUAUUUCAAUUUAUGAUGAUUUUGCAGCGUGCUGUGUGUGCGUGUGUGUGUGUGUGUGUGUGUGUGUGUGUGUGUGUGUGUGUGUGUGUGUGUGUGUGUGUGUGUGUGUCUGCAUGCUCUGCGAGUCUGUGAGACAUUGAAGGGAAUGUUUCUGUUGUAUUUGACUUUCAGAAAUUCUGAUCUGACUGAAGGAAACAACAAUUGAGGAACUGAAAACUGUCAAUCUUUUUUACCCUCUUCAAUGCCAUUGUUUACAUUAAACGUGUGAGUGUGUGUGUGAGUGUGAGUGUGUGUGUGUGUGUGUGUGUGUGUGUGUGUGUGUGAGUGUGAGUGUGUGUGUGUGUGUGUGUGUGUGAGUGAGUGUGAGUGUGAGUG